AUGAACACGAGUGCUUGGUGCCCGAGCGAAAGCGACCUGCUGCGUGGGCCCGCUACCCUCGUUCGAACAAACCUGGCGGCCUCCGCAGCAGAAACAGACCCUGUAGGUGAGGAAAUCUUUGCAAUAUGUCACGGGUUCACCGAAUGGACCCCGUCAACGUUUAUGAUCCUAUUGUUUCCGAUCCUAGCCGUGCUCUUGGCAUACGCUUUCAAGAGCGUGCUGGAUCACUACCGUUUACCCGUGCCGUAUACUUUUCCUCUGGUCAUCGCAGGUGGCAUCUUUGGCGUUGCUGGCUGCUAUUUGAACUUGGCCCAGUUGUCUGCCUCGCUCAACUACUGGGUCGACGUGCGCAACCCCGAGGUGUUGUUCUAUGUGCUGUUACCACCGCUGAUUCUCGAGAGCGCCCUCUUCAUCGACUGGUGGACCGUCAGCAACCUCUUAUUGCAAAUCUUCGCCCUCAGCAUGAUUCUCGUCGUGAUUGACGCCGCCCUGCUCGCCUUCUUUACCACGUAUGUAUUGACUGACUCGCCGUGGAGCCUCAACGCUGGCUGGAUGUUCGGAGCGCUCAUCUCGCCAACUGACGUGCUGGCUGUAAACAUGGCGCUCGAAGGAAGCGGCAUUCGAACACCAUUGCAGGUGAUGAUCCAGGGCGAAUCCUUGUUUAAUGACGGCUCUGGGUUCACGCUCUUUGUGCUGUUUUUGACGCGGCUGCAGCCGAAUGCGUCUCAGUCGAUUGGAGCCAUCUUUGUGCAGUUGCUGCGACUCGCUGGUGGAGGUCUCGCACUGGGAAUUGCCUUCGCGCUCCCUACACUUGUCUUCCUCCGUCGAGUCUGGAAGGAUGCGGCAAUCGAAAUUGGCUCAACAUUUGUGCUCUCGUACCUGGUCUUCUAUGUCGGCGAGAGUCCUUGUGGCGUCUCUGGCAUUGUCGCUGUGGCCUCUUUCGGACUGGUGCUUCGAGCGGAUCGCUUUGCUUCGUUGACACCUGAGUUCCAGGAUUCGUUGCUCGCUUUCUGGUCCGUCAUUUCGAUGAUCAUCAAUGCGAUCGCUUUUACAUACGCAGGAUUCAUUGCAGUUGUGAAUUUGAUCGUAUUCUGGGGUCGUCACGGUAUCGACGGCAAGACCAUUGCGUACGGCCUCGUGCUCUACCCAGUGCUCUACCUCAGUCGCCUGAUCGCAGUGGUGGUGCUCUAUCCGGUGUUACGACGCAGUCGCUACGGACUCACGUGGCGGGAAGCGCUCUUGAUUGUUCACGUCGGUCUCCGCGGUGCUAUUUCGCUCAUUGCAGCCCAGAUUGUCUUCCAUGAACCUAAUAUCCAGGGCGGAACCUACGUGAAUGCACGAGUUCAACUCUGGACGGCUACCAUUGUACUGAUGACGCUGAUGGUUCAGGCACCAACCAUUAAAACGGUUGCCGGUUGGUUGGGUCUUUUGAAUCGUUCCGCUGCACAGGUGCGAACGUUUCGCGCCCAAGUACGGCGGUUACAUGCAAAGGCGCUGGAUAUCCUGCUCGACAUGCAGCGCACGAGUCGCUUUACGUUUGCGGAUUGGGUCUUUGUGGGGCAAGUGGCGAUUCUGCCCGCAGAGCUAUCCAGGUUGCUGCUGCGGGUGGGUCAGGUGCGGGCGCUCGUGAGCAAGGCGACUCGCACACCGGUGCUCAUGAGUGAGCACCCCGACUCCAUAUCGAUCGCCAGCGACACGAACAAAGUGAUGGGCGUCUCGUCCAGUUCCGACAUGGAGGAGCGUUUGCCUCCCCAAAAACCAGAUGAAGCACACUGGACAGCAUCAGCAGCAGGGCCCGAACUAAUGGAUACCAACAGCAACCCGAGCAACAGUAUCACACCGGGUACAAGUGACACCUCGACAAAUCCGAAAAGUACUGGCAAUCUCGUCACGAUGCCAGCACCCGGGAGCACUGCAAGGAGUACCAUGGGUAGCACUUUUGGAAGCAGCUUUGGUAACGCUGCAGGGAACACGAUGAACAGCGCUUUUGGAAACAACUCGGGCAAUAGUGCAGGAAACACCAUCCUCGCCACCGCCACCGCCACUACUGCUGCUGCUGCUGCUACUGCAACAUCAGCAGCCUGGAGGACUAGUGACGGCACCAUGCCCGGGGUCAGUGCGCGCCUCCAAGGGAGUUUGCCGCGCUCGUCAUCACUGCCACAACUGGUUGUGGCUCGACCACCGCGAGUUUCCCUAGCGGUACCGCGUGCCUCUGUGGAGUAUCGAAUGUCGGGCUCACAGGCGUUGCGGGAGCGCCAUUCUCGCGAGAUGCAACGCCUCAGCCGGAGCCUUCAGCUCGAACGGCAGCACCAGGUAGCCAAAGCGCGAAACCGUUGGCUUCCUCAACGACCUUGGUGGUUGCGACUUGAUCGAAAGCAGCCUCGAACUGGGCGAUCUCGGCGGAUGACUGCAGCUGCUGCGGGCGCCCGUCCCAGAAGCGUACGCUGGACAACAGCGACGACGAACAUCGGACCUGAACGCAGCGCUGUUGAGCGCUCCAGCAUCCUCCAACGACGACGACGACAACAACAACAGCACUCGCGCCGUUACCGCAGGCCUCCUGCAACUGCUGUGUUUCUGCACCAGCUGAACGAGUCACGUCGCAGAGCACUCCUAGCGAUGCGCGCUGCUGUCCAGAAACAGUUUCUAAUUGGUUCCAUGUCCAUGACACCUUAUCGGCUCUUGAAUGCCGCUAUUGAUCGUUCCAUGGACGAGGUGAGCAAUCCCACGAACACCGACGAGAUUCGGGUCUUCAGUCACACGCAGGCCGGCGGUUGGGGCCUCUCCCGUCUCGAACAGUUUAUCGUAGGGAUCUGUGGGCGUUUCCGCUUUCUUCAUCGCUUUGCCCGAUGGCUUAUCUAUCGCCGGCUUUUUAUCGGUUAUGACAUUGUAUCAGGCUUGACCGUAGCGCUGGUUCAUGCACUGCAUUCUCGGCAUGCCCAGCAAGCUGAACGCUGGGCACUCGAGAAGGCUGAGCGCAGCCCGCCGGGAGCAGCCACCAUCGCUGCGGAUACCGCGGCAGUGGUUAUGGUCCACAGCACUGAUUGGGUAUCCGCGGAUCCACACGGUUCCCUGACGCUCAUUGCAGACCUGCAAGUCGCUAUUGAACUGGAAGCGGAAGUUGCCCGUUGCGAGAGCUACUUGCAUUCGUCGCGGGUGCUGUCACCGGAGACGGUACGCGCGAGCGACUCGCUGCAUGCCGCGAACGUGUUGCUGAGUCGACAAGCUCGCCUCAUCGAGGAGCUGUAUGCGACUGGAACGCUUACCGAAGCCGAGUCCAAGGCACUGUUGGACCAGCUGGAUAUGCGUCGCGAGGCACUGCAGCGCGUGAGCAUACGUUUUCCUUUGCCAACCAUCGGUGACUGCUUGCGCAACAGUCUUGCAUCUUGGUUGGAAGUGGAGUAUCGCUCGAGGGUCGCUCUCGAACACGCACUGGAACAGUUGCUCGCUGCCUGGCGAGCUGCAGGCCAAAUACGAGCGUUCGCACAUGGCGAAGUCGUGCAACGGAUGGAUACCCUCGUGGUGGGUGUCUUUUACGUCAUUCGAGGAGCGAUCGAGGUACGGACCCAGCAUGUCGAGUUCGCUGGUGAUGAUCUCGACGACCUGGACGAGCAGUUACUGCUGCAGCGACAAGACAUGCAGGCAGUGGACCACCAGGCGCGACACGGCACUUUAGGGCGCCACAAUGGACUGCGAAGCAGUUACCCUGCGGUGCAACGGACACCCGUGGAUCGCAUCCAACGGCAGUCAGCGAUGAUUGCGAACCUUCUGAGUGAGGAGGAGUUUCCACCGCUUCGUCGCAAGCCAACAACCACCUCAGUCUGGCCACAAGCAGUGGAAACAGCAGAGACUGGGUCCGCAGCGCCACUGGCGGGUGUCGUUGCCCCUGCUAGUUCUGAGCGGUCCACCGAGGCGCCCUUGACACUGCCGAGUCAUCUUGGACAAGAGCGUGAGCGCAAGUCGACACUUUGGCGACGAUGGCGAUGGUGGCAACGGCGUCAGCCAGAAGAAACCGCUGCAACGCCUCGGGAUAUGGUCGAGCCUCCAUACCCCGGCGAAGAAGCAGUCCCUUCCGCCACGCUGCCGUCGCGUCGACGCGCUGCCGAGGCACGUCUGCGAGCCUUCAUCAGCGACGUAUUCGGAAUAGCUGGUCGUCGAGAGCGGGACGAUCGCUACACCAGCAAUAGCAACGUCGUCGACGAUGACGAUGACGACUUUGCUGACGAUGGAACGAUAGCAGCGGACGCAGAGGAAGUCGUCUGGCACGCUGCCUCCGCGGAAGCUGGUGCCUUUCCACACGGCUUGAGAGACGCAGCACCGUCAUCGGGAGCGCUCAACCACGAGCACAAACACAUACCACCAGACUUGGAAGCUUCUGCGCCGGCCUCUGGAUUCCCCCGAGAGGACGCCCACGAAGUGCGUACCCUGAGCAACAGUGUAACCGGACAGAGCUAUGGCAUGGCGGGUUCGUUGUAUAGGUAUACGUCGGCGUUGGAGCUGGUGGUUGUCUCCCAGCUGGCCCAUGUCUUCUUCAUUCCAGCAUCGAAUUUCAGGAAUCUCAUGAGCAGUCGGGACGACUGGAUGCGACUCGCCGUACGCAUGGCUGCUAGCGAGUGUGCUCGCAACCUCGUGCCCAACGUGGAAGAGUACCUCACGGAAACGCGUAUGCGCUUCAUGGAACUGGAGCGACGGGAUCGACCCAGUACGGAGCGCCAACCAGAGCGGUCGUCGACGUCGGUGCAGUCGCCUGCCGAUGACGCAGAGACGCCCCCAGAGAGCAACGGACUCGCCGCUGCUCGUACCGAUACCCUCGGAGCGGAUAACGCUGCACCAGAGAGCGCUCAAGUGACGCGUCCUGGCACACGAGCGCACGUCGAGACGCGCGAUACAAGCAGUCGCCUCCCAGAUGCGUCUUUUGCAAUGUACGAGAACCCAGGCACAGUAGCAACCGAGACAAUGCUGUUUCCACCCGAGGCGCUCGACUACGAAAAGCGUCGAGACGCCAUGUUGUUGCCGUUGCGAACAGCUACGCUCGUUGUGUGGGCAAUGCCGCGCUUACUCCCAGGGACGCUCUCCGGGCCGUUGCAUGGUCAGUGUAUUGCACGACGCCUUCGCUCCGCUGUCGUCAUCCUUCUCCAGGGAACCGUCUACCUCCAGACUUGCGACGGCGAGGGAGCCCGACAACUGCAACACGCUCGUCCGCUCUGCAAACGCUAUGGUUGUCUGGGACAGUACCAGAGUGAGCUUCAUGCGCCCUGUGAGACGCUGCCGGUGCGCUGUCGAGUGCUCGUAGUCACGCCUUCCGAUACGCCGUUGUUCUUUGACACCAAAGCUCAGGAGCGUGGGGAAGCUGGCCUCUACGAUGAACAACGUGCCGAAAAUGAAGCCCUCUGGUCCUUGUUGCACUCCACGGCUGCUGCGAAUCCGGCAGCAGCCCAGACGGUGUCCUCGGGAGGUCUUCGUUGGCACCCGCCAGACCCAAACCUGAUCACUGUUGCCGAGUCCGAGGGUGCGUCUUCUGGGACGUUGCUGCGACGGCGAGUGGAUGCACCGGCAUUAAUCCGACUGGAUGUAGCACCUGCGCUGCCGCGGUCGGUAGCACCAGAGACGAAUGCAGCGAGAACGGGUACCACUGGGGAAGCAUCGUUGUUGUCCGAUGCGAAUUCGAGAAGUUUAUCCAUGGGACGGCUCGGACAGGCCUCUAUUCGAGUGCCCAAACGUCUGGCAUCACCAUUGGAUCUAUACAGUGGUGAGCGCAAGCUCAGCUCACGUGCAAAGCAGGCGAGUGCGUCCGCGGAGCAGUUUACCUUGGUAUGGUUUGAUCCGGCGGAUCCUCGGAUUCAUGACUUGGUAGCAGCGUUUGGUGUGGGUCCCGGAGGUGUUUCGGAUCCACUUUUCGAGGAUUCAUUGCGCUCACGACCGCUAUCACGGUUUCCAGCCGAAGACUCCAUCACGUCUGUGGAGACAAACGCAGAGACGGCUCGGGUAGCGUCGGAGGCGCCACGUACUGCUGAACGGGAGCAGAGCGCUUCUUUCGUAUCCUCUGGUCCAGUGAGAUUGGCAACGUUUCCCAGCGAGGGGCAUGUUGCACUGGACACUGGAGAUGCAAACACUUUUGCUUCGUCAUCGAGUGAGUCGACACCGGACCUCUCCGCUGACGUCCGGCUUAUGGCGGAUCGGCAUCUACUCUCGUAG